AUGCCCGUAGGCUGCGCAGGGCUGCCGGCGCCCAAUGGCGUGGUUAGGUACACGGCGAUUCUCUGCAACGAACACGCUGUCAGGAACAAUAAUGCUGCCCGCCUCGCGAACGGCGCGCGCGGAGUGCUCGAAGCUGCCGGCUGCGUUGCCGGACGCCAGAGUCCCACGAUGGCAGCUUGGCAGCAGACGCAUCAUGUCACCCAUGUCAACCCGGCGGUGACUGAGGCGACACCGGACAGUCCCAAGGUUGACUGUGCCAAAAGCUCACUGCUCUCGUACGCACUAAGGCCGUUGCUCGUCGCUGUCGUCCCAUAUGACGGCCGCGACUGGCAGUGCUCGCCCGAGCGACAGAUGAACAGUGCUGAGCUUACUGUGCACUCUCCGCCAGCAUAUAAAGACAGGGGUCGCUGCAAAUCUGAGGUCGCACAGCUCAACUUCGUCUUCCUGCUGAACUCCGAAGCCAUUGACCUGCGAAAGUCGUUGCCCUUUGACGCGCGCACCGCCUCGUACAACGCUCGCCUCUCGUGCGCUACCCCACACGGCGGAAGUCGUUCUGAGCUUGUGGGGUCCGUUUCGCGGAAAGCCAGCGAGCUCGGCGCCACGACGUGUUGCUGGAAUCUUCUCACCAUCCGCAGGCGGAAUUGCAGCGUUCCGACCUUUGGCCACUCACGCUCGCUCUCACCCGUCGCUCGCGCGGCGCUGUGCCGACAUCGUUGA